UAGUAAUCCGUGCUGAAGAUAUCGUAGUGUCCCAGCGUCGUAUAGACGCAAUCUAAAACAGCGUUGACCAGGACAAUCCCUCCGCUCUCGACAGCAGGCGCUUCGCUUUCUCAAAAGGCUUGCUUGCGAAUGAGGUCAGACGCGAAGCGCGGUACAUAUCGACCAGCAAACGACCCCCCGCGAUGUAUAGCCCCUGACUCAGUAUUAUGGGAGGGUCGUCGUGAACUGGACAAGAAAUUCGGAAAUGUCUUUGCUGACCUCUCCGAGCGUCCCGGGGGGUCGUUUUCUGCUGUUAAGAAGCCACCGCCGGCGGGCUGACUGAAUAAUGUGAUAAGAUGGCAUAAGAGUAGACAGCAAUUGGUGGAACUUACUCGAUGAACAACAAAUUGGCGAACUUGGCCCAGCUGUCGGGAUUUAUGACGG